ACUUAUAAUGUGCCCCAGUGCUUUAAAGAAAAUGCUAUGUUUUCCAGUUUGUUUAACUAGCCUUUUUAUUGAUUUUUGUACUGCUUCCUAUAUAAAUAGGUUUUAAUUGAAUGCAUGUUAAUUAGUUUUACUGAUUACAUCACUGUUUGUUAUAAACGCUUUUUGAUUUUUAAAAAUUGUGUAAAUAGGUUGACAGUAUAAUUAAGAUUAUCCCAACCUGUAUAUUUUGUAGUUCUGCAAAUAGGUAUUUCCCAGAUAAAUUUGAAGCAUUUUUUAAUCUUAGAAAUGUAGAUUAUAUUCACUUUGUAAAUAAAUCUAGACUAUUUUUCACAGCUAUAGUGUUCUGUUUUAUACUUUCUUCUGGAUUUUCACGAAGAAUUGUAAUGUGUAUUGGAAGCUAUGUCCACUAUUAAAAAUAAUUUGUCUCCAAUUUUAAUAUCUCAGUACUUAUUUCUAGAGGGGGGUUGGGUUCUAUAUAUGUUUUAGCAGAGGUACUAAUAUAAAUGUUCCUCAUUAUUGUGAUAAUUUAUUCCAGGUGAGAAGUGCUCUGCUGUGAUGGAGAUGUUAAAGUAUGCAGAAAUCCAGUGGUGGCAGUUCUCAUGAUGAAACCAUAACCAGAUUUCUGGAAAUGCAUCAUUUUCUUUAACUACAUUGGUCUAGUAUUGAUUUAAGAAAAUGCAAUUGUGACCAUUGGAGGAAAAAUAUAAAUACUUAACUCUACUGUGGCAACAAGGCAUAAAUGUGCCACCAAACUCCAAGCUAUUAAGGCUGCAGUUGAGGGAUAAACUGCCUCACUAUUUUCCUCAAGUCCUUAGGGCUUUUUCUUUUUUUUAAUCUAGGUAUAGUGCUUUUACUGGCCACCAUGUUUGUGUUAGUAGAGAUGACAGAUACAGUACGGAUUCCUCCAUGGCAAUUUGAAAGGAAGCUUAAUGAUGCAAUAACUGAAGAGUUAAAUAAGAAGUUAGCCAAUAAGGUUGUUUAUAAUGUUGGCCUCUGUAUCUGUCUAUAUGACAUUACAAAGCUGGAGGAUUCCUACAUAUUCCCAGGAGAUGGUGCCUCACACACAAAAGUGCAUUUUAGAUAUGUUGUAUUUCAUCCAUUUUUGGAUGAAAUUCUCGUUGGGGAAAUAAAGGGCUGCAGUCUUGAAGGUGUUCGUGUUUCUCUUGGGUUCUUUGAUGACAUCCUCAUUCCUCCAGAAUCCCUACAACAGCCUGCCAAGUUUGAUGAAACGGAACAGGUAUGGGUUUGGGAAUAUGAGACUGAAGAAGGAGCUCAUGACCUGUACAUGGAUAUGGGAGAAGAAAUACGUUUCCGUGUGGUGGAUGAAACUUUCAUUGACACAUCCCCAACAGGCCCAAGCUCUGCAGAGCCUUCCACCUCUAGUGGCACUGAGGAAGCACAAAAGAAAGAGGCACCCUAUACUAUUGUGGGAUCUAUCAGUGAACCCGGCCUGGGUCUCCUAUCCUGGUGGACCAACAGUUAACUGAAGGAAAAGAUUUGGCAAGAUGGACUGAAAAAGCCAGGAGAUGCUUUGAUCAACAGUUGCUGAAUGGUAGCUGUUUUUCCCCAUUUCUACUUUACAUUAGAUCAAUUCAAUCUGAUCGAGAUGUAGCAAAUAAAUGGGUGCCUCUAGUGGAAUGUCAUCGAAACAGAAUGACUCUAGAAUAUAACAAUUCUGAUAAUCCUGAUGCUUUUAUCCACCAGAACAGGAUAUAAGUGCCUAAGAAGAGUCUGUUAGCCUGAAAAAAAAAAUGAAGAUCCUCUGAAUUAAAAAAAAAAUGCAAAUAUUUUGAUGGAUUGCAGCUGCCUAGAAAUGAUCUCAUGCUGCUACAGUUCAUAAUGAGAUCAAAUGACGAAAAGGACUGAUACUGGAAAAACCAGCAUUUUAAUUUUCUUCAAAGGAUGGAGGGGCUACUUGUUUUUUUUAAUGCAAGCAGAUUAUAGUAAGAAUGUGGUAGAGCUAGGGCAGUGAAAGUUGCCUCUACUUGGUCGCAUCAGUGAAUUGUCAUUUGGAAGGAUGUCCAAAUUGUCAUUUGGAAGGAUGUUACCUAGUUGGGUAAUGGAAUGUCUACAAACAACCAAGCUCAGUGAGCACCAAGGACUCCACAGAAUUAGUUAGAAAGUCUGCUUUGUUCAGAUAAUGAAGAAAACUUAUCAUUCUUCCUGUCGUAGAAAACAUACAACAAUUACUGCUUUUUAAUAUAAAUAUUGCAGAAAAACAGAUGGCCUCUGGGGAUGUUCCAUUGAGAAGACAAAAUGUUACACACACACCUGUUGCUGUAGCUCUUAUUUAACGAGAGAACUUUUAUAUGGCAGAUGCUCCCAUUUGAGGAAGAAGUAUGUCUGUCACAUACUAAGUAUGACAACAGGCCUAGACCAUUUCUUAUUGCAUUAUGAUAUAAAUUAAGAAUAACAUUGAAACAGUUCUCAUACAUGAUCAAAAACAUCCCUAUAGAUCAAAAGGUUCUAAUAACCAAAGCAAUGCUAGGGCUGCUAUAGCAUCCUGCAGUGGAAUAUACCUCUCAUGCAUAAUAUGUUUUAAGACACCUUGUUCUUGCUGAUAGUAUUUUCUGACGUGUCCCAAAUUGGGUUUGGCCAUCUCUGAAAGUUUUCAUGAUGCUGCAAUUCUACAUUUAUGCAGGACAUUUCUACCCUUGGUGUUAGCUUUCUGCUAUGAUUACUGCUGAGAUGCAAUGUUUUGCUUUCUAAUAAUGUAUAAUAAAAAUUGGAAGGGUAAGUUGGUGUAAAAUUAGCAAGUUUAAUAUAUAGCAGGUGACUAUACUACCAGUUUUUUUUUCUGCUUUUAAAAGAAAGAAUUUUGGACUAAAAGCAAUCUCUAUUAAAUUUCCCAUAUUUA